CUCAAAUAUUGGAACACUGCUAUCAUGUCACUCCUAGUUCUUCUUUUCGCUACACUAGACAUACCCAGUUCCUGCAACUGUUCUUCAUAUGUUAAAGCCUCCAGUCCCCUAAUUAUCUUUGGGUGGACUCCUCAUUUUAUAUCUGCUGGGGUUUUUUUUCCAUUUUGCUCUGAGAAUGAAGCAAUCAUAGUCACCAUCUGAUUCUAGCAGUUUCCUAGGCCACUUUGCACAGAGAUGCAGUUGCAGUGAAGAUUUAAUGGUAUGUUUGUCAGCAGCUUUCAGCUGCUUCCCAACUGGUGUGUAUUGUAGCUUAAAUAUGUGCUGACUUGUUUAAGCAAGGCAGAAUGAAGGGUUGGGGGGAUGAGAAAAAGAAGGGGGCUGUGCCUUUAUAUAAUAGACUUAAUGAAGUUCAGGUAUUAGCAAACUAGACUUCCACACUUACAGGCAGCACUAAACUGGAUUAAAACCAGCUGCCCUACUAAAAAUGGUUAAAGACAAUAAUCAGGACAAAUGGGAUUUUCUCUUGCCAGUGGACUAAAAUGAAAAAAAAAAUGCUGUGUGGGAAGAACUGGAUGCCACAGCAGUAUUAAAAUUACAUUGGCCACAUUUCCUUUAAAAUUAUUUUGGCCACAUUUUCUGAAAACCUGUAGCUUUGUUUUUAAAGGUAAGGGGAAAUAAAUAGAAGAAUUUGGGCUUUGAGAAUGUCAAUGAAAAAAUCCUCCCUUAAUUAGGAGAAUGAGAAUGAUGUGAUGGCUAAGCUCAAAAGCAAGCAUUUAGGAGCAGAAUUGAAUCUCCAGGGACAGGAAUUACCUUGGCUUACCCUUGAUAUCAUCAGCUUCUCUUCUGGACCUCUCUCAUAAUUUGAUGGGAUGGAAAGGAGGGCUGGCAGCAGCAGCUUUGGUUCCCAUAGCUCUUAAUCUCAAAAAGAUGAUUGAUGGAAGCCAGUCAGCCUGGAGCUGUAAUCCUUGGAACAGACCGGGGUAAACAAGGCCCUGGGAACCUCAGCAGGCCCACAUGUUUUUCCUGGGCAAUGACACUCAAAUACAGAUGCUCAGGUUCUCAGCAUAGUUUUUCAAAAGUUUCCAUAUUUUUCAAGGUACAAGAGCUGUCAGUUCUCCGUUUAAUCUCUUUAUUCCUGCCCUUAUGUUUUCCUUCAGGACAAUGAUCAAAAGCAAAGCCGUUUUUGGUCAAGGGCAUGUUUGAACUGUUGACAGUGUUUCCGACCUCUGCAAAUGUUGACUGAUAGUUGCUUUUGUUGGAUUGUUAGAAAUGAACCACUAACAGCCUGAGAGAACUUUGUAUAAGGAAAAUUUUUAUUGUACAUUAGUUGAGAGAGUAGGGGACAGAUCUGAUGAAAGAUAAUAAAUGAGAAAAGGGGACCCUGAGUUCUGACAGGUGUUGCAAAGCGGGGAUUGAGGAAGAAUCUUUUUUCUGCGGGAACUGCGCUUCAGUUUUUAACAGUUGUGGGGACAUGACAGUGAUGUCAAAGUACCAAUUUUAUAGGGAUACUAAUGGAUACUAAUAGAAAAUAGCUGCAUGACAUUUAGUGAAGGCUUAAAGCCCCCAUGUUCAAUUGCACUUCUGAAAAUCGGAGUUUUGUUAAAUUUAAGCAAUAUAAUUUUAAGUCACAAAAAGUGGUUGGGGAUUAUAUAUGGAUUACAAGUUGUCUAUCCAUGAUUUGGCUUCCCAAAUCUACCUGUUUCCUCCCCCGGUCUCCUGUAUAAACUGAAUUAUUUAAUCUCACUUCACAGUUUAGAUAGAGUCUUUUGUUCAUAUUAUACAGCUCAAGACAGAUUAAGUUGGGCUGAGAGAAGAGCAACAGCCAGAAUCACCUUCCCAUGGCCAAGAGUCUCUCCAUAGUGGGUCAUCCAUAAUUAUGAUUAACUGCAACAUGAAGAUAUUCUGCUGAUGAUUUUUAGAGAAUAUAUUUUCACAAUGGUGUCUUCAUCUCAUCCCCAGCUUCCUGUGAAGACCUGCACCCCCCAGGCCAUGCAGUCUGGACGCCGGGGCCGCUUGUCGGUGGCAGGGCCAAGCACCCAACCCCAAGAAACCAUUACCAACAGCCCCUCCAUAUCUGGUGAUCUUCGGCUGCUCCACACAAUAGACUGUGGAGAUCAGCCUCUUUGCUGCCAGUUUAAUAACGAUGGGACCCGGGUUGCAGUAGGAUUGCGUACUGGAGCCAUUAAGGUUUAUUCUGUCAAUGAUGGGUCACUUCAUCACAUUCUUGCUGAUAAUGACACAAUAUCCCUAGGACUUCCCACCACCUCACUGCACUUUAUGCCCCGUGGACCUGCCCACAGUGGAGAUGUCUUACUUACCACCUAUUCUGGUGGGAAAGUGAAAUUAUGGCACGUCUCUACUCACACCUGUCUGUACACCAUCACAGAAGAUCGCCAAACCCUCGCAGCUUGUUUCAAUCCUUCUGGCUCCAGGUUUCUCACAGCUGGAGCAGGACCUGGAAUUUUCAUGUACGAUGCUCAGACCUGGGAUAAAUUGCAAAAUUUUCUGCCCAGCGAUUCCCCAAAUGUGAUGGACGGACAUAUGUCCCGAAUCUAUGCUUUGACCUUCUUCCCAGAAAACAAUGAACGCUUCAUUUCUGGAGGAUGGGACGACACAGUGCAGUUUUGGGACACACGCUUUCCACAUUCGCAACGGCGUAUUUCUGGGCCCCAUAUCUGCGGAGAUGCCUUGUCAAUAGACAAAACGGGCACACAGAUUUUGACGGGAUCCUGGAGGCGGCAUAACACCCUGCAGAUUUGGGAUGCUGAAACGUGCGGCAAGAUAAUGGACAUUCCAGAAGAUUUUCGGGGUCACUCACAGCUAUAUACUUGCCACUUCCUUGGCACUGACUACAUCAUAGCUGGUGGGAGUCGGAACAACCUGUGUCGACUCAUUGAUAGAAGAAUUCUGAUGAGCACAGGGGCACUUAAUGACCUGCCUGGAGGUGUUUAUAGUACCCACAUCAGCUACCGUGGAGUCCUAGCUGCAACUUCCAACAACUUCCUGUAUCUUGCACAGACUCCAGUAAAACCUUGAAACCCUCCUGUGUGAUUGCAAGGAACUCUUGCUACCAUCUGAAGAAUAUCACCAAUGCCUUGGAUCAUCAUGACUCUUACCAACCUUUCCUAGUAUCCCAGAUGUCUGUCAAAAUCAUGCAUAAAGUCACCCUGAAGUGCCUGCCAUCUCCCCAUCAUCUUCGGCUUCUCUGUGGACAAAUAGAAUCAUGGUCUGUCUCUAGAGACUCCUGCUUGAUUGGAUAUGCCCCAUUUCAUCAUGCUCUGCUGAUGUCAAUCCUUUUUCAGCAUGAUCCUCUGGAGAUACUGUCCUGCUGGAAUCAUCUCAUCAUGGUUUGCUUCAAUCAUCUCAUCAUAGUUUGCUUCAAUCAAUCUCAUCAUGGUUUCUUUUUGUGGAGAUGUUUUGUUCUGAUCUUGUGCCAAAUGCUAUGGGACUCUCGUCGCAUGCAAUCUCCCAUGCAAGAAAUCUUAACUGUACAGCUUCUUGCCUGAGACUGUGACUAACUGGGUUAUCCCCACAAUUUUGCAGCUGAUAUCCCAUCUGUUGCUGCUGCUGGCAAUCCCAACAUGCCUUGCUGCUCCAAACCUGUGCUUGACCAAGAAACCAUCCUAGACUUCAAUCCCAGAUUGCAGAGAAUUCCAUCAUCCUCUAAACAGCUUUCUAAUCAAACUGCUGGAGGGGAAGAGGCGUCCAGUAUUUCUGCCUUAAGUUUCCAUCCUGCCUGGGGGGGUUAAGCUUUCUAAGUCACUUCUUUCUCUCUUUUCAUAGCCACCUCCGAAGGUGGCUGCCCUAAAAAAAACCUGCCUUGGUGCCAAAUUAAAACAUCUUGGCUGAGUCUUUGUGUGUAUCUAAUAAUCCUGGGUGUCUGGGGAGGAGAAUGGGAUCUAGUUAAACAGGAAUGCAACAAAGAGGAACUACGGUAAGGCUCCCAGAUUCUUUGAAAUGGUCAAGGAUUUCAUUCCGGGGAAUUGUUUUUGCCACCAAUCACAGGGCUAAGUCACUGAAUUUGUGAAAUGACACCAUAGCAGAAUAACAGAAUUGGAAGGAACUUUAGAAGUCUUCUAAUCCAACCUCAUGCUCAAGGAGGAGAUCCUAUGCCAUUCCAGACAAGUGGCUGCCAAGUCUCUUCUUAAAAGGCUCCAGUGAUGAACACCCACCGUCUCUGAAGGCAAGCCGCUCCACUGGUUAAUUGUUCUCAGUUUAUAAAGCGGUACUAAGUACUUCGUGUGAUCUUGAUUCUAUCCCUCUGUUAAUGCAACCUGGGAUUGUGUUGAUUGUUUUGGCUGCUGCCACACACUGCUAGCUCAUAUUUAAGUGAUUGUCCACUAGGACUCCAAGAUCCCUCUCACAAAUACUGCUAAUCUGUAGG